AUGGGCGCCAGAGCCCGUGGACGCGUUGCUGCGUCGAGUCCUGUGGUGCUGUUGCCGGUGCCAGUUGCCCCAGUGAGGAUUACCUUCAGAGACGGUGGGGGUGUGUGGGACCAAGAAUUGAGCAGUAGCAGCAGCAUCACUGAGAGUUCCAGCAGUCAUGCCGUGGAGAUCCAAGACAAUUUUGAACAGUUCUUGUCCCAUGCGUUUUUGAGCACAAGAGGGUCUCUGAAGGUCCGCAUGCCAUGGGAAAAGGGUGUGUUCAAGAGCAUUUUCAAGAAACCUGACAGUGGCAGACUGGAGUGGGCUGGACAGCCAAGACAGUGGGUUGAGCAUUGCAUGGAAGCUGCAGUGGAACCACUUGAUGAGCUGUCAGUGGCUAUGUGCAGUCGGCCACAGUUGGUUGGUGCUUAUUUCGAGCAUGCCCUCGCCUCAGGUUCUGACCAGUCUUUCUUUCAGCAACGACAGACAACUGCCAUAACCCGUGCAAAUGCCCUUUUGAAAUUCAUCAGAUGGAGGGCUGAGACGUCGGAGAACGAUGGCAGGGAGUUUUCCGAGAUGGAGAAUGUGGAGGAGGUGGCCCUGGAUUUUGUGGAUGAGUGUGGGUACAUGGAGGUGAGUACAAGAACCCACAAAACGGCCCGGUCAGCAGCUCAGAAGUCGAGACUUCUGCCUAUAGUGAUUCCAGCGGUGGGCAUCACCGGUUGUGAGUGGCUUUCAGCUGCAAAGGUGGCUUUCGAAAAUUUUGGGCUUGAGUUUGAAGGCCGUGUUGGAGGGCCCUUCUUUCGACCACCGGGGUCGGAUGGGAACACCCACUGUCGGCGUGGCCUGACUUCACAUGAGGUGACAAAGUUUUUGCGGCUCAUGCUUGAAGGUGACAAUGUGAACCAAAGUGAGCCGAGGGUGUCGUCACACUCGCUGAAAGCGACCUUGUUAUCAUGGGCAGCCAAAUCAGGAAUGAGUCCAGCAGACCGCGCAAUCCUGGGCCGGCAUUCAAGUGCCUACUUGGAGUCGAGUGCGGUCUAUGCCAGAGACCUUGCUUUUGGAGCGGUGCAUCGACUUCAAGAUGUGCUGAGGAAAAUUCACAGUGGGGAGUUUUUGCCAGACGCUCCCAGGUCUGGGUACCACCCAGUGGCGUCAGUGACGGUGGAGCCUACAGAACCUGUGGAUUGCCAGGUUGUCAAGGUCGAAGAUGAGGUGACAGACCCGGAGACCGCAUUGGUGGGGCCUGAGGAGGCUGUGGUCAUUGAUGACGAACCCUUUGAAGCAUCAUCUGAUGGUUCAGAAUCUGUGGAAGACUCAGACUCGUCAGAGGAGGUUCCAAAGCCCCAAGUCAAGUGCUUUAGACACCAUGCAGUUGGACCGUUAGCAGGCUUGUUUGUGAUGCACAAUGUGUCAAAGUUGGUCCAUUACUCUGACCCUGCAGUAUUGGACGGAAAAGGAUUCAAUUUUGCCGCCGUGGCAAGCUUGCUGGACUCUGAGGCACAAUUUAUCCAGCGUACAAUCGACUUGAAAUUGUCGGAGGAGUUGAAACGCAGCCUUAAAAGGACUGGUUUGCAGACAUUUGGUACGUUUGCAUAUGCCCAUGGCCAACCUGGUCAAAACAUCUCAGAUGAAGGUUUCGAAGCUUGGGUGACUGGACAGCUUUUGACAGGUGCAACAAUAGCUGAUGUUGCUGGGGCCAAACGUCUCCUAUUUGAGAGUCAAACAAUGGUCCUAGCAUCCUUACAGGAUCAGGUCAAUGCGACGGAUGCUUCUGCAAUCAAGAAGGUACCCGUGGUUGAGCGGGAAACCAAAAUGAGGGCCAUUAAAAGAAGACUGACAGGCCUUCUCAUCGAAGGACCGCUUGAACCUGGACAUUCCCUUUUGGACACCACAGCCAGUAUGAUGCAACUCAAUGAAAUCAAAUACAUCCCUCCUGAAAAAUGCAUUUCAAGGACUCAUGAAGUGUUGAAUCAGAAGUCCCCGACAAAGCAGUUGGACAUUUCAGCAGAGAACCUGGUUGUGAAGGAAAAACAGGAUACUCCUGAUAUGACGGUCACUUCAGCGCUUCAAGUACAAGAAGCUUUUCAGCGACGAGGCAUAGCGUUGGUGUUCGCGGAUUUGGUCACUCAUGAGAGCUACACCAGAUACCUCACCACUUUGUUUGGACAUUUGCAUAGGGACCCACCAACGGGCUAUGCAAGAACAUCAGUGAGUCAGCUUGUGUCGGCCGACAAGACGGUGUGGCAGAUGUUGUUGGAGGAGGGUGUUCAACCCAAAAGGGAUGAAUCAGGUGAUUUAGCGUUGGAUGUGAAGCUCAUGGAGAGUCUCCAGAGUUAUAGAGUUUCCUUUUCUUUGCUGCCAUUGAUAGCCAAGAAAGACACUGGACCUGGACCGUCAAAGGUAUCGAAGCCGGCAGUGACUCAUGGUGGCAAGGGAUCCAACUCGCAUGUGCAGAAACCUUGGCUGAAACCCAAGGGUGGAAAGAAAGGAAGCAAGGGCAAGGUCAGGGUUCCUAACCACAUCUUCAAGUUGGGCGGCACUUCAUCCAAUCCAGCAGGCGACCCAAUCUGUUUUGGCUACAACAGCAGUUCAGGUUGCCCAGAUGCAGCCGACGGAGCCAAGUGUCGGCGAACAUCAAGUUGCGUGAUUCACAUGGCAGGGCGUUGCUUGGGCCGAGACCUCUCCGUUCGGCAGCUUGGCCCGAAGGGCUACCAGGAACAGUUCGGAGAUGAUCAUGAGGUGUCCCUGAAAUCCAUGCGCGCAGUUGCAACGGCCCAGCCAAAAGCAGCAAAGUUUCCUCCUGUUGUGCGGGAGCACAAAACCAUUGUCCGCAUCACAGGGCCUUUUGAGGCACUAGCAAAGGCACCAGUGGCACCCAUGCAACGUCUCAAGACUAGCUGGCCCGUUCCCGACUCUUGUCAGACUGAUGUGCCGAUGUUGCCUAAGGGAGCUCAGUUGUUGCGUGUGACACCCCUACGGUCAAGUGGGGGUAUGCUGGAUACUGGAAAUUCAAGGAUAGGUCUGUUUGAGCAAGCUUGGGGCAUUCCGUUCGAGCCAGAGGAGUUCAUAUGGGAGGCAGUGCAAAGAGGUCACCCCAGGUUGUUUUCGCGAUUGGUGCCUAGUGUUUUGCAAGAAGCCAUCAGCAACAAUUUUUGUGAAGGCAGUUUGCAUAGACUCCCUAGGGACAGAAGCCUCUGGUUUGCAAAAUGGACUGAGCGUGCAAAGCAAUUGAGACAUGAGGACAUGGAAAUCAAGAAGGCAUUACCAGAGCAUGCUGCAAAGAUUUUGGAGCCAAAAAGAUUGGCACUCUUCAAGGAAAUUUUAUUGGACUUAAACUAUCCUGAUGUUGGAGCAUUUGAUGAGCUGGUACAAGGUACAGAGCUGGUUGGUGAGGUACAACCUUACGGAAUUUUUGAGAAAGCGUUCAAGCCAGCCGAAAAAACGAUUGAACAAGUCAGUCAGGCGAGUCGCUCUGAGAGACUGCUAAAUUUUUACAAGUGUUCAUCUUCGGGCGAUGGGGAGAUCGAUGAAAUGGUUUAUAGCAAGACGUUGGAGGAAGUGGAAUUUGGUUGGGCUUGUGGGCCCCUUGAAUUGGAUCACCUUCCAAAUGAUGCUGUAGUCAGCAGGAGGUUCGGGUUAAGGCAGCCAGGGAAAAUUCGUUUGAUAGAUGAUCUCAGUGCCAGUGGUGUGAAUCAAACGGUACAAACAGUGGAAUCACCCAAACCACACUCAGCGGAUUUCAUAGCUGCCAUGCUUUUGGAAGUUUUGAAAUGCAACAAAGGAAUGCCCUUGAUGGGCAGAUCCUUUGACUUGAAGUCGGCAUACAAGCAACUAGCAAUAGCCACGCAGUCGCUGUCGUUUGCUUUUGUUGCAGUAUAUAACCCCAAGAAGGCCAAGGCAGAGGUCUUUCAGCUGCUCGCGGCGCCGUUUGGAGCAACAAGAAGUGUAUAUUCUUUUUUGAGACUCUCCAAUGCCAUAUGGUACAUAGGUGUGAAGGCGCUUAAUCUCAUAUGGAGUUGUUUCUUUGACGAUUAUGUCGUGUUUGCCAGAGAUGAGCAUGUCAACAAUACAAAUCAGGCUGUGUCCCUGCUUUUCAAACUAUUGGGGUGGAGAUUUGCUGAAGAGGGUGAGAAAGCCGAAAGUUUCGCAAGAGAAUUUGGAGCCCUGGGCAUUAGAAUCAUUUUGGAUGAGUGCCCUCAGGGGCUGGUGAAGUUCACCAACACUAAGAAGCGAGCAAAUGAAUUGAUCGAUACCAUCAAUACCAUCUUGCAGAAGGGGAGCAUGACGCUGGUAGAGGCGCAGAGGCUCAGAGGGAGAAUGCAGUUCAUGGAUGGGCAACUUUUUGGUCGUUUGGGAAAGUUAUGCAUGAGGGAAGUUUCCAAUCACACCUGCGAGUUUCAGAAUGCUAAAGUGUCAAAUCGAACAGCUCAAGCUCUGCGCCGGUUUGCAGUAUUUUUGGAAUAUGCAGAACCUCGAAAAAUUCACUUGUGCACUGACAAGGUGUGGCAUGUGUACACGGACGCAUGUUAUGAACCAACUGCAGAAAAAUGGAAGUGUGGCUUAGGUGGAGUCCUUGUCGGACCCUUUGCAAACAAGGUGGCAUUUUUCUCAAUCUCUUUGGAUGAAGAUCAAAUGGGAAUUCUCGGUGCUGACACAAAGAAGACAAUCAUCUUUGAAUCAGAAUUGCUAGCGAUGGUAGUCGCCUUCUCAGUUUGGAAGGAGGUGCUAUCGGCGAUGUCCAUGAUUUGCUUUGUGGACAACAACUCAGCCAGGGAUGUUGCCAUCUCGGGAAACGGUCGCAAUUUUACAGCAAACUUGUUGAUUGAUUUCCUGUUGAAGUUAGAAAUGUCCAGCUGCACCACACCUUGGUACACCAGGGUUCCUACGCCCUCAAAUGUUGCUGAUGAACCGUCAAGAGGAGAUGUAGCUGAGCUCAUGGCGCAGAAUGUUCCUGAAACAAAUGUCAAAGAGGCUCUGCAGGAAAUCAUGACGGUGUUAGCAGAAGAUGCGGUUAAAAGGGGAUCGACUGGAUGA